AAGCGAUGGCGAUUGGGCUGCCGCGUUUGGCGCUCGGUCCGGUCGCGUCCGACACCCGGUGGGACUCAGAAGGCAGUGGAGCCCCGGCGGCGGCGGCGGCGGCGCGCGGGGGCGACGCGCGGGAACAACGCGAGCCGGCGCGCGGGACGAAGAAUAAUCAUGGGCCAGACUGGGAAGAAAUCUGAGAAGGGACCAGUUUGUUGGCGGAAGCGUGUAAAAUCAGAGUACAUGCGACUGAGACAGCUCAAGAGGUUCAGACGAGCUGAUGAAGUAAAGAGUAUGUUUAGUUCCAAUCGUCAGAAAAUUUUGGAAAGAACGGAAAUCUUAAACCAAGAAUGGAAACAGCGAAGGAUACAGCCUGUGCACAUCCUGACUUCUGUGAGCUCAUUGCGCGGGACUAGGGAGUGUUCGGUGACCAGUGACUUGGAUUUUCCAACACAAGUCAUCCCAUUAAAGACUCUGAAUGCAGUUGCUUCAGUACCCAUAAUGUAUUCUUGGUCUCCCCUACAGCAGAAUUUUAUGGUGGAAGAUGAAACUGUUUUACAUAACAUUCCUUAUAUGGGAGAUGAAGUUUUAGACCAGGAUGGUACUUUCAUUGAAGAACUAAUAAAAAAUUAUGAUGGAAAAGUACACGGGGAUAGAGAAUGUGGGUUUAUAAAUGAUGAAAUUUUUGUGGAGUUGGUGAAUGCCCUUGGUCAAUAUAAUGAUGAUGAUGAUGAUGAUGAUGGAGACGAUCCUGAAGAAAGAGAAGAAAAGCAGAAAGAUCUGGAGGAUCACCGAGAUGAUAAAGAAAGCCGCCCACCUCGGAAAUUUCCUUCUGAUAAAAUUUUUGAAGCCAUUUCCUCAAUGUUUCCAGAUAAGGGCACAGCAGAAGAACUAAAGGAAAAAUAUAAAGAACUCACCGAACAGCAGCUCCCAGGCGCACUUCCUCCUGAAUGUACCCCCAACAUAGAUGGACCAAACGCUAAAUCUGUUCAGAGAGAGCAAAGCUUACACUCCUUUCAUACGCUUUUCUGUAGGCGAUGUUUUAAAUAUGACUGCUUCCUACAUCCUUUUCAUGCAACACCCAACACUUACAAGCGGAAGAACACAGAAACAGCUCUAGACAACAAACCUUGUGGACCACAGUGUUACCAGCAUUUGGAGGGAGCAAAGGAGUUUGCUGCUGCUCUCACCGCUGAGCGGAUAAAGACCCCACCAAAACGCCCAGGAGGCCGCAGAAGAGGACGGCUUCCCAAUAACAGUAGCAGGCCCAGCACCCCCACCAUUAAUGUGCUGGAAUCAAAGGAUACAGACAGUGAUAGGGAAGCAGGGACUGAAACGGGGGGAGAGAACAAUGAUAAAGAAGAAGAAGAGAAGAAGGACGAAACUUCGAGCUCCUCUGAAGCAAAUUCUCGGUGUCAAACACCAAUAAAGAUGAAGCCAAAUAUUGAACCUCCUGAGAAUGUGGAGUGGAGUGGUGCUGAAGCCUCAAUGUUUAGAGUCCUCAUUGGCACUUACUAUGACAAUUUCUGUGCCAUUGCUAGGUUAAUUGGGACCAAAACAUGUAGACAGGUGUAUGAGUUUAGAGUCAAAGAAUCUAGCAUCAUAGCUCCAGCGCCCGCUGAGGAUGUGGAUACUCCUCCAAGGAAAAAGAAGAGGAAACACCGGUUGUGGGCUGCACACUGCAGAAAGAUACAGCUGAAAAAGGACGGCUCCUCUAACCAUGUUUACAACUAUCAACCCUGUGAUCAUCCACGGCAGCCUUGUGACAGUUCGUGCCCUUGUGUGAUAGCACAAAAUUUUUGUGAAAAGUUUUGUCAAUGUAGUUCAGAGUGUCAAAACCGCUUUCCGGGAUGCCGCUGCAAAGCACAGUGCAACACCAAGCAGUGCCCGUGCUACCUGGCUGUCCGAGAGUGUGACCCUGACCUCUGUCUUACUUGUGGAGCCGCUGACCAUUGGGACAGUAAAAAUGUGUCCUGCAAGAACUGCAGUAUUCAGCGGGGCUCCAAAAAGCAUCUAUUGCUGGCACCAUCUGAUGUGGCAGGCUGGGGGAUUUUUAUCAAAGAUCCUGUGCAGAAAAAUGAAUUCAUCUCAGAAUACUGUGGAGAGAUUAUUUCUCAAGAUGAAGCUGACAGAAGAGGGAAAGUGUAUGAUAAAUACAUGUGCAGCUUUCUGUUCAACUUGAACAAUGAUUUUGUGGUGGAUGCAACCCGCAAGGGUAAUAAAAUUCGUUUUGCAAAUCAUUCGGUAAAUCCAAACUGCUAUGCAAAAGUUAUGAUGGUUAACGGUGAUCACAGGAUAGGUAUUUUUGCCAAGAGAGCCAUCCAGACUGGCGAAGAGCUGUUUUUUGAUUACAGGUUGGUAAAGUACAUUUCUAGCAUGAUCUCUAAGGGCUUUUUCUACUGGAUUGUGAACUCUGGACAAAGGAGGGUUUUUAGUUCUUUGCUUCUUUUGACGGGUCACUUUGCAAUGAGCAUUAGUGGGGAAUUAGGUUACACUUUCCUGUUAUGUAUUCAUUAUCCAUUUAUUUAUUAUACAAGUCAUGCUUAUUUUAAAAAUAGAGUAAAAUCCAUGCAGAAAGCCCCAUUUCUCACCCUGCUGUUGACAGCUGGGUGAGUCCUAGACCUUCUCAUACCGUGCCGCAUGCUGCAUGCUUGCUCAUGGAGCGUUUUCCAGAUGAGUGCAAUCACACUGUCCUGUAGAUUUUUCUGCAACAUGGUUUUACUUGACAGUAUACUAUGUAUAUCUUUAUGGAUUAGAUCUACUUAAUUUAUUGUUUGCUAUAAUACUUAUUACACAUAUCAUUACCAUUUUGUAAGGUGCUAUUGGCAAAUCGCUGUCUGAUCACCCUGUGGGGAUGCCUGGGACAUGUGGGCCACCGAUGGUAUCCGUGUGGUUAGGCAUUAGGCUGCCAGUGAACACUGUCAAGCUCUGUGGAAUACAUCUAAGUCAGCCAUUGAAUACAGAUUUAGGUGCAGUCAGAUGACUGUCUACUUAAUGAACUCCUGUGGACCCGUGUACAUCCCAUCCGGAAGCUGUCUUUGAGUACUGUGUUCUUGCAUAUUCAGGCUGGCCUUUAAUGGCCGUUGCACAGCGAAGAGCUCUCAGUGAGGCAGACAGGGUCUGAGUGAAGGGCCCACUUUAGCAAAGGCCGCUGCCUUCACUCCAGGCUGGCUCUGAAUGAAGAGUGUGGGGUGGAGCUUCCUUAGGAUGACCCGGUGGCCUCACCCCCCAUGGUGGGCUUCUUGUGCUCCUUUCUGGGUGUCUGCUGCACUCCAGUUCUCUCUUCACCUGGGGGAGCAACUGGCGGGCUGCUCUUUGGCCCUCUUUGCUAUGGUCAUCAUUUUUUCCAGACCAUGGUUCUAUUUUGCCUUUCCAGCGUCAGGCCGAAACAUCUGAUGUGGACCAGGCUUCCUGGGGCCACUUGCUUCAGAGGCAUAGGGGAGGGUGGUCAAGCUCUGGGAAUGCUUGUAGACAGGUUUGUUCAGAACUUGGCAGCGUCUCAAUUAAAUGGCCAGCAACACAGACCUAUGCAUUGCCUUCUAUGAAUGUGCCCUUAUGCAGGCAGCUGUGUAAUUGGAUGGGGUUUUUUAAGACAUUUUAAUGCACCCACUGUCUUCAGCAGGCUUUGUUGUGUUGUUGGAUGGGUGGCCAUCCAGCGGACAUCUCAUCUCCUUCCUGUUGUUUCAGAUACAGCCAGGCUGAUGCCCUGAAGUAUGUCGGCAUCGAAAGAGAAAUGGAAAUCCCUUGACAUCUGCUACCUCCUCCCCCUCCUCUCUGAAACAGCUGCCUUAGCUUCAGGAACCUCGAGUACUGUGGGCAAUUUAGAAAAAGAAAAUGCAGUUUGAAAUUCUGAAUUUGCAAAGUACUGUAAGAAUAAUUUAUAGUAAUGAGUUUAAAAAUCAACUUUUUAUUGCCUUCUCACCAGCUGCAAAGUGUUUUGUACCAGUGAAUUUUUGCAAUAAUGCAGUGUGGUACAUUUUUCAACUCUGAAUAAAGAAUACUUGAACUUGUC